AUGUCAUCAAUCGUUUAUUCUUUUCAUUGGGUACAACGGUCACUUGACGAAAAGAAACAACGUCAAUCCGAUUCACAAAAACAGAUACCAACGACACCAAUGGCAAAUUCAACUCAAUUAAGAAACUCUUCUUUUCCAUUAUUAAACCAAUCAUUUAAACUUGAAACAAAUAAUAAUCUACAAGAAUAUACUCAUACAAUCAAUGAUAAUUUUGAAUUUCUUCAUUCUAUUAUGUAG